UUCAGCACUUCCGGGUCGGCGGAGAGAGCGCUGCGUGACGUUGCCGGAGCGUUCGGAAGCCUCGCGCCUGUUAUUGUUCCUGCUUCCCUCGCUCUCUCCCCCACCCCAGCGUCAACCCCGCGCCCGCCUUCCCGCCGGCCCUCCGUCCGUUCCGCGCGCCGCCUGGAACCGCGCGCUCCUCGGGACGCUUUGAAGGCACCUCCAAAGGCCAGGCCGGGGAAAGAAGGGGAGGCGAGACACACAGGCGCACGAGGAAGGCCGGCGUGGGAGGCUUGCUGAGGGAAGCUGUCAGAAGCCCGAGGGCGGUUAGAAGGAGCUGGAGGAGGGGUGCCCGCUGCCAACGGUUUCGAACCUUCCGUUGCGCGAGCCCUGACAGCGAGGGGCGGGGGAGUGCGCGCCGCGUCACCAAGCAGCGAGCAGCCCUAGCAGGAGGCGCAGGAAGGCGGCGGCGGCGACUGGAAGGACAUGGCCUACGCGUAUCUCUUCAAGUACAUCAUAAUCGGGGACACAGGUGUUGGAAAAUCAUGUUUAUUGUUGCAGUUCACAGACAAAAGGUUUCAGCCAGUGCACGACCUUACUAUAGGAGUAGAAUUUGGUGCUCGAAUGAUAACCAUUGAUGGGAAACAGAUAAAACUUCAGAUAUGGGAUACGGCUGGGCAGGAGUCCUUCCGUUCAAUCACAAGGUCAUACUACAGAGGGGCAGCAGGGGCCUUACUAGUGUAUGACAUUACAAGGAGGGACACUUUCAACCAUUUGACAACAUGGUUAGAAGAUGCCCGUCAGCAUUCCAAUUCCAACAUGGUCAUUAUGCUCAUUGGAAAUAAAAGUGAUCUAGAGUCUAGAAGAGAAGUGAAAAAGGAAGAAGGUGAAGCAUUUGCGCGAGAGCAUGGGCUUAUCUUUAUGGAGACGUCUGCCAAAACUGCUUCCAACGUAGAAGAGGCGUUUAUUAAUACAGCAAAGGAAAUCUAUGAGAAAAUACAGGAAGGCGUUUUUGACAUUAAUAAUGAGGCAAAUGGCAUUAAGAUCGGCCCUCAGCAUGCUGCUACUAAUGCAACACUUGCAGGCAAUCAGGGAGGACAACAGGCUGGUGGAGGCUGCUGUUGAACCUAUUUUUACUUCCUAGCUGCCUGAAGGGGCCUACUAACUUGUUUCACCCUCCCCCGCUCAAUUUCAACUACGACAUGAAAUUAUUGUAAGAUGGCAUCAUGUUGCAGAAGACUUUAUUCUUCAAAUUCUUGUACAACUUUGAAUAAAUGGUUAAUGUUCACUUAAAAGACAGGUUUUGGAGAUUGUAUUCAUAUCUAUAUUUCCAUUUGAUUUCUAAGUCAAUUGAUGUGAUUAUUUUUUGUUAAAUGUUGUCUUGUGCCCUUGACUACGAACUGUAUUAAACACUACAAAGUCAUCGGAGUAUUUUAAUCAGUUUGUGUAGUUAGGUUGCCCAACUACAGUGGUUUCCUAAUGUUUAAUAUUGUAGAACUGUCUUCAACUCUUGUCCAUUUUCAAGGCUCUAAAGAAAAACAGAAGGACUCUUUUCUGUAUUUAUCAUUUACUUUCUGUAUAUAUAGUUUAAUAACUUGCUUGGGUGUAUUUGCCAAGCUAUAAUUCUUUAAUGCAUUUGCAUAAAUUCUAUACAUUUAAAGCUUGGAACUACAGAAGCAUUAUUAGGAAUUUGCUUAGAUGCUGAAUUUUAAACCUUAUUGACAUUGUUAGCAUGUUUGUCCUUUUGUCAUUAUCUUAGAGUCCAAAAAAUGCUUUAUGUAUAGUAUUAGAAGCUGCAUAUGCCUAUUUUAAUGCCAAAUGUUUGCUAUUUGCUCACAACUUCCACAGCACCUCUUCAGAAAUGGAUUAGCUGUUUGCCUUAAUUAUGUAGGUUAAACAUAUUAUAAUGAAUGAAAAAUACAGGAAGCAUUGAAACUCAUAAAAUGGCACAUUAUGAAGACUUCAUAUUUCUUAAAACGUUAUUUGCCUCUUCAUUUCUAGGUAUAUUUCCAUCAAGGAUAGUUUUUCAACUUAGAUGUACAGUGGCUGUGUAAAGUUGAUUUGGUUCUUUUUCUUUUUUGGUGACAACUUGUAAUCUUAAUAUGGUAAGCAUCUUGUCUAUUGUGAAGGGGGUGUGAAAAUAAAACUGCCAGAUUGAAAAUCCUGA